AUGAUCCUUCCAGCGGAGAUGGAGAGGGAUGUUGGUGCAUGUCAAGUAGAACGCCCACGCCUUCAGGCGUUCGUUUCCACUGAGGAGCGUCUCCCACUAACCAUCCCUUUCCUGCAACUCACCAUCCGUUUCCAGCCACUCUCCAUCCUAUCCCUGCCACUCACCAUUCCUUGCUGCUCUCACCAUUCCUUGCAGCUCUCACCAUACCUUGCAGCUCUCACCAUUCCUUGCAGCUCUCACCAUUCCUUGCAGCUCUCACCAUUCCUUGCUGCUCUCACCAUUCCUUGCAGCUCUCACCAUUCCUUGCAGCUCUCACCAUUCCUUGCUGCUCUCACCAUUCCUUGCAGCUCUCACCAUUCCUUGCUGUUCUCACCAUUCCUUGCAGCUCUCACCAACCCUUGCAGCUUUCACCAUUCCUUUCAGCUCUCACCAUUCCUUGCAGAUCUUACCAUUCCUUGCAGCUCUCACCAUUCCUUGCAGCUCUCACCAUUCCUUGCUGCUCUCACCAUUCCUUGCACCUCUCACCAACCCUUGCAGCUCUCACCAUUCCUUGCAGCUCUCACCAUUCCUUGCAGCUCUCACCAUUCCUUGCAGCUCUCACCAUUCCUUGCUGUUCUCACCAUUCCUUGCAGCUCUCACCAACCCUUGCAGCUUUCACCAUUCCUUUCAGCUCUCACCAUUCCUUGCAGAUCUCACCAACCCUUGCAGCUUUCACCAUUCCUUUCAGCUCUCACCAUUCCUUGCAGAUCUCACCAUUCCUUGCAGCUCUCACCAUUCCUUGCAGCUCUCACCAUUCCUUGCUGCUCUCACCAUUCCUUGCACCUCUCACCAUUCCUUGCAGAUCUCACCAUUCCUUGCAGCUCUCACCAUUCCUUGCAGCUCUCACCAUUCCUUGCAGCUCUCACCAUUCCUGGCUGUUCUCACCAUUCCUUGCAGCUCUCACCAUUCCUUGCAGCUCUCACCAUACCUAUCCCUGCCACUCACCCUCCCAUUCCAGCCACUCACCAUGCUUUCCCUGCCACUCACCAUCAUUUUCAGCCACUCACCAUCCCUUUCCUGCCACUCACCCUCCGUUUCCAGCCACUCUCCAUCCUAUCCCUGCCACUCACCAUCCGUUUUCAGCCACUCACCAUGCUUUCCCAGCCACUCACCUUCACUUUCCAGCCACUCACCAUCACUUUCCGGCCACUCACCAUCACUUUGGUGCCACUCACCAUCACUUUCCAGGCUCUCACCAUCUGCUGUCUUUAG